UUUCCUGAAUAACAGCGAAAGGUUUCCGUUAGCCCCGCAAGGCGGCCGAUUCCUAUUCCCUUCGGGCCUCCCCAGGCACGCUCAGCCCCGGUCCGGCUGGGGAUCCCAAAUCCCGGGGUCCGCCAGGGGUCCAGGCCGGGACGGGGAAGGCCGUGGCGCCGGCUUCUGGGGUCCAAUGGCGCCACCUUCGGCUCCGCUGUCCGCGCGGGGACAAGGAGAGGCCGGACCCGGCCGGAGAAGGGGAAGGAGGCCGAGGGCGGUGAAGUUCGCGGACGUGGCCGUGUACUUCUCCCUGGAGGAGUGGGGCUGCCUGCGGCCCGCGCAGAGGGCCCUGUACCGGGACGUGAUGCGGGAGACCUACGGCCACCUGGGCGCGCUCGGAGCUGGACGUCUGACUGGUUCUCCUCGCCCAGGGUGCGCAGGCCCCAAACCAGCCCUCAUCUCCUGGUUGGAACGAAAUACCGAUGAUUGGGAACCGGCUGCCCUGGAUCCGCAAGAGUGCCCAAGACGGGUAACAGUCCAAAGAAAAACCAGAAAGAAGAAUGGAGAGAAGGAAGUGUUCCCGCCUAAGGAGGCACCCCGAAAAGGGAAGAGAGGGCGGCGGCCCAGCAAACCCCGGCUGAUCCCCAGGCAGACAUCUGGGGGCCCCAUCUGCCCUGAUUGUGGUUGUACCUUCCCUGAUCAUCUGGCCCUGGAGAGCCACAAGUGUGCCCAGAAUCUGAAAAAGCCUUAUCCUUGCCCAGACUGUGGGCGCCGCUUUUCCUAUCCCUCCCUGCUGGUCAGUCACCGGCGGGCACACUCCGGUGAGUGUCCCUACGUGUGUGACCAGUGUGGCAAACGUUUCUCCCAACGCAAGAACCUCUCGCAGCACCAGGUUAUCCACACAGGGGAGAAGCCCUACCACUGCCCCGACUGUGGCCGCUGCUUCCGUAGAAGCCGCUCCUUGGCCAAUCACCGGACCACGCAUACAGGUGAAAAGCCCCACCAGUGCCCCAGCUGCGGGCGGCGCUUUGCCUAUCCCUCCCUGCUAGCCAUCCACCAACGCACACACACGGGAGAGAAGCCCUACACCUGCCUGGAAUGCAACCGCCGCUUUCGGCAGCGCACCGCCCUCGUCAUCCAUCAGCGCAUCCACACAGGCGAGAAGCCCUACCCGUGUCCAGACUGCGAGCGGCGUUUCUCUUCAUCCUCUCGCUUGGUCAGCCACCGGCGGGUGCACUCCGGGGAGCGCCCCUAUGCUUGCGAGCACUGUGAGGCCCGCUUUUCCCAGCGCAGCACGUUGCUCCAGCACCAGCUCUUGCACACAGGAGAGAAGCCCUACCCCUGCCCGGACUGCGGCCGCGCCUUCCGGCGGAGCGGCUCCCUAGCCAUCCACCGCAGCACGCACACCGAGGAGAAGCUACACGCCUGCGAGGACUGUGGCCGCCGCUUCGCCUACCCCUCGCUCCUGGCUAGUCACCGGCGCGUGCACUCAGGCGAGCGGCCUUAUGCCUGCGACCUGUGUGCCAAGCGCUUUGCCCAGUGGAGCCACCUGGCUCAGCACCAGCUCCUGCACACAGGGGAGAAGCCCUUCCCUUGCCUGGAGUGCGGCCGGUGCUUCCGCCAGAGGUGGUCUCUGGCAGUCCACAAGUGUAGCCCCAAGGCCCCGAACUGUAGCUCUAGAUCUGCUCUAGGGGGCGCCAGCCAGAAGGGCAGUGCGCUUUAGUAGGGGAAGGACCCACGAGGUUCAUUUGAUUUCACGGAGGGGCCCAGAGAAGGGAAGCAGAAGCCCCAAGUCAGGCAAGGCAGAGUCCGAACAGAAAAUCCAGGUGUCCUGCUACAGAGCCCUGAACUCUAGUCUCUUCCACCACGCUGGCUGCCUUACCAUAAGUGUCUAGAACAGACAGUUCCAUUAGGAGAGGUGACAUCAUGUGGUUGUUUUCCAAGCUACCCUAUCCUGAAAGUAUUUCUGUGUGUUGAUAUCAGCACUGACAGUUCUCCCUGCUAUUUUCCAAGCUGUUUGCUUUUCUAGUUUGUGUAUACAGGGAUUACCUGUCCCCUUGCAUACAGUCAGGAGAAUCCCAUUCAUGGGGGGUGGGGUAGCUUGCCCUGCUCUGCCCCUUCCUUCAUACCAGCUUUAAACAGACCUGGUUUAGCCCUCUUUUUACAACACUCCUGCCAAGUUGUUUUACCCUUGCUUUAAAACCUCCCUUGACAGGGAGCUCACUACCUCACAAGGCAGGUCAUUUCAUUGUGGGAUAGCUCUGAUCUUUAAUAGAAGGCUAUUGAAAUACCACAUUCUCCUUCCCAAUAAGCCUGGCCCAGAAUAUGUAAUACUCCAUCUACAUGACAGCAUUUCAGAGAAUUUAAAUUACAUCUGCUUUGCCCAUGUUUUCAGGUUAAACAGCAUUAUUUGGUCAAUCAUUCCUUAAAGACAGAGUUUCCAUUCCCACAUGUGCUCUCUCCAAACAGGUGUUGGUUUUUCAAUGUCCCUUUUAAAGGGCCAGGCUAAAAUAUGCCAGCAGCACAGUGUACACUGUACACCUCCUUGGUCUCUACCUGUCUUAACAGCUCUAGAUUGCACUGAAUCUGGGGGUGGUGACACUGGACCAGGGCUUCAUUGCAGGCACAUAAAUACCUAGGUUUUUUGUUUUGUUUUUUUUUUAAACCACAUACUGUGAAGACAAGUCUUCUGCUUCCCAUGUUUGGGAAAUUGAUUCAAGUUGGGUCUGGGACAUAGGCAAAAUAAGCUUUGGGAGAAGACUGAUUUUAAGGAAAAGCAGGGGAGCCAUGACCUAGCAGCAAGAGGUAAAACGGGAACCAGCUUGUGCUUCAUCCAGUGGAUGUGGAUUAGUUCCAGGCAGCCAGUGGCUAGAAAAUCCUUGAGAACUGGGUCUCACUCCUCCCUGAUUCUCAUCAGAAUAAGGAAACCUCAGCACAGGACUUUCCAUGACUCCUCAACAGUUUUCAUAAAAUGAGAUGAGACCAUUCAAGGGAGGUAGAAAGUUGAGUAAUUGAACACAGAGCAGGAAGAGUCUAUAGUCCCCAAAUUGUGUUCAUGCCUGCCUUCCUCACAUAAGCUCCCCAAAGCAGCAGCAGCAAUGUGUCUUAAUCUUUGCUCUGCCUCCCUGGCACCCAUCAGAGUAGAUGCUCAGUAAAGCUUUACCACAUUAAAUGAACAAGGCCUACCACUUUGCCUUGGGUAGCUGCACCAAAUUGGGAUUUCCCAACAUGACUUCUCUGCUAUUCCAACAGCUGGAGUGGGUCAUGUUCCUACCCCUGUUGCUUGUUCCUUCAGCUCUCCUAAUCUCAGCCCCAAAGUGGGGGAGCUGCUAGAGGACACAGUGUCUGUAAUUACCUCUGUUCUGGUAUUUAGCAAGUUGCAUUGUAACUGUUUCUCCUCAGAUGAAUGGAUGAGCUACCCUAAGACGGGUCAUACCAGAUUGGGUCUCAUUAAAAUGUCGAUAAAUGAUGUUCCUUGUGGAAUUACUGUUUAUAAAAUAUAAGUCUAGGUCCUUGACUGGGUAGAAAUUUUUACAGUUCUGAUGCAGACCUGCCCUAACAGCUAUUCAAAUGUCUGCCUAGCUCUAUAUUAGAACAGGCUAUUCUAUGUUUACCACCAGGCUGACCCAACUCUCUUUAUCUAGGAAUUCUGUUAACUUCCUUUGGGCCCGGAUUCUAACUCAUAAGACUUGGAGGCCCUGGUGGCCAAGUUCCAGUGUGUGUGUGGUCAGUAGAGGGCCAAGAUGAGUGACAACUUCCUAGGUCCCCUAAAGUAUUUCAGUCCCAGUGUCAUUCCAUGCCCAGCUGUGACCUGGCCCUGUUUUCCAUGGGAGAUCCCAGUAUCCUUCCAAUUAGUUCCCCCUUCUGUUUCAGGUAGUUUGAGUUUCUGUUACUUGCAACCCAAAGAAUGAACAAUCCACAGUCAUGAUAUGGAUUUAUCUCCCAUGAGCUGUAGAGGAGGAAAUAGCAGUGCUGCUGAGAGGUGCCAGAGCCAGCACGCCUUUCCUCAUCUUCAACCUCAGUGAGCCUUCAGUAUGUCUUCCCUGUAUCCUUAACCAGUGAAUACCUUCUCUUUAAGAAACCAAAGGUUUCAAAUAGGAGCUCUUAAUAUCUCACUCUCCACUGACUCCACAUUUACAAGUAUUUAAUUACAGCGUUCACCAACAUAGUUGUGCUUGAUUUUAUCUCCUGCCCUCUAGGGGACUGUGCUACAUCUUUCUCUCCUCUUAGUUUUAUGGUUUCAGAGUCCCUCUCUUGUCUGGAAUACACACCUGCCAGUCUAAAAUCUCUUUUUUUAAGAUUUUAUUUUUCAGUAAUCCCCACACCCAACAUGGGACUUGAAUUCACAACCCAAGAUCAAGAGUCACAUGUUCUACCAACUGAACCAGCCAGGCGCCUCUCAGCUAAAUUUAUUGAAACAGUAGCCUAUAUUCUCUGUAUUCUUUGGCCUAUUGCAAUAGUAUCAUAGCCACUUUGUUGAGCAUUUAUGAUGGGGCACAUACUGUGUUAAGCACUUUAUAUGCAUUCCAAUGUAAUGUGUAUGAGAACCACAUAAAGUAGAUGUGAGGAGAUGCUCCUCCAUGUGUCUCUCGCGUUGCUCCACAUCUUGCAGAGUAUGCCAAAAAUGCAAGGCCUUGCCUUCAACAAAUUCUCAGACGAGCCAAUUCCAGACCUAGAGCCUCCUAAACGAAGAGAGGUUGAGCCCCCUGAUGAAGGACUAUAUUACACUGGCAAAAACACAGGGUAUAUCUUCCUUCUAGCCUUUCUCAAAUGUACCUGCAGCUAUUUCCCAGGGUGGCAAGGCACAGGAAAAGGGGAAGUCAUUAUGGUUUUUAGGGAUUACUGGACAUUGGAUCUAUACACAUUGUAAUUUUUGGAGAUCCAAAACAUCUCUGUACUUCACCAGGCAGUGGACUCCUGGAGACCAGGCAUGUAUAGAAAAGGGUUAACUCAGCAGGCCUAAGUUGCUCAAACCCUGCCCACUCCAAAGAAAGCCCAUCUUCAGGACUGGCACUUGGCUCAUUCCUGGGAGAUAAAUUCCAAAGCCUUGUACUAUUUUGCCUGAUUAGGGUGUGACUGUAUGCUGGAGGCCCCAAGCCGUGCUGUACCAGUCUGACCAGAUGAGUUUAUCCUGACAAUGUGGUUUAUGAUGAAUGUGUUUUUGCUCCGGGAGGCUGAGUCUGAGUAGCUAAGGUCAGUCAUGUGGGUACUCUGUGUGUAACUGACUCCCCAAUAAAAACCCUAGAUACCAAG